AUGGCGACUGACGUUCGUGAUCAAGUCAUAGAAAAAAUAAAGAAAAGUUCUUUUGUGUCCUUACAAUUUGAUGAAUCAACGGAUAUUGCGGGUUGUGCGCAGUUUGUAGCUUUUGUGCGUUUUGAAUCCAAUGAAAUAUUGAUGGAAGAAAUACUAUUUUGCAAGGCACUUCCCAAAAAUGCUACAGGUCAGUUCUUGCAUGACAUGUUCGUUGAAGCUACGCAAGAUAUGAAUAUCGAUUGGGCACAAAAAUGCAUUGCUAUUUGUAGUGACGGAGCAAAAGCCAUGACUGGUGCGAAGAGUGGAUUUAUUGCUAGACUGAAAGAACAAAUGCCAAACGCUUGUUGGAUGCACUGCUUUCUCCAUCGCCAAGCUCUUGCAGCCAAAACCUUGCCACAAGAAUACAGUCAAGUUCUAAAUAUUAUUAUUAACAUUGUAAAUUCUAUCAAAGGAAAAGCGUUGCAGACUCGAUUGUUUCGAAUCAUUUGUGAAGAUAUGGGGGCACUACACCGCAAUUUGCUUUACCACACAGAGGUUAGGUGGUUAUCAAAAGGCAAAGUACUGACCAGAGUUAUGGAACUUCGCGCUGAACUAUUAGUAUAUUUACAACAAGCCAAGUCACAUUACUCUGAAUUCAUUUCUGACCCGGAAUUCCUUUUGAAAUUGGCUUUUCUUUCCGACUUAUUUGAGCAUUUAAACAACUUGAAUAAAAGUCUUCAAGGGCGGGAUGAAAAUGUCAUUACAGCAAAAGACAAACUCCAUGGCUUUAUAAAAAAAAUUGAAUUGUGGUCAUCAUCUAUAAAUCAAAACAACUUUGAUUCAUUUUCGUCGACACAGUCUUUCAUUGAAGAAGUCGGAAGCGAGAUAAACAUUAACUCAUAUAUAUCUGGUAUGAAAAUGGUGUUAGAUAAUUUGAAGAAAGAGUUGUGUCAUUACUUCUCAGUGCAAGAGAUAUCGAUUAACACUGGGCAAAGAUGGAUCUUAAAUCCGUUUUUAAAUGCAGCUAUAAAUGAGGCAAAUUUAGCAACUAAGCUCAAAGAGAAUCUGCUGGAAUUAUCUGCCGAUGGGAUGUUACACUUGAAAUUCAAGUCUGAAAAUUUGGAUACCUUUUGGUUAAAAAGAAAAACAGAAUACCCGGAAUUAACAACCGAGGCUUUGAAGUGUUUGAUUCCAUUUUCUACCUCGUACUUGUGCGAGUUGGCAUUUUCAUCAAUGGCCCAAAUAAAAAGUAAACUAAGAAAUCGCUUAAAUUUGGAAAACGAUUUAAUACUUAAAGUUGCAAAAACGGAUUCACGAUGGGAGAAAUUGAUUGAACAAACUCAAGGGCAACCUUCACAUUAA